AUGGCUCAGAUGUGCUCCAUCUCGUUCUCCCCGGCUUGUAUCUCUUCUCCCGCCUCCGCCUCCGCCUCCGCCUCCUCCUCUGCCGCUCCGUUCUUCCUCCUCUCCUGUUCUAGUCGAUUCGACUCUCCGUUGCACCGCCGCGGUUUCCCUGCCCGUGCAUCCGUCUCCAUGGCUUCCGAAUUCUCCCGCGCCGCUUCCUUCGCCGUCGGCGAAAGCUUCCCCGACGAUUACGGCGACUGGCUUCCCAAGCGCGAUCCGGAGUCUCGCAGGAGAGCUGGCGUCUUGCUCCAUCCUACUUCCUUGAGAGGACCUCACGGCAUUGGAGAUCUUGGUCAGGAGGCGUUCCGAUUCGUCGAUUGGCUGAGCGACGCCGGUUGCUCCGUUUGGCAGGUUCUCCCGCUAGUUCCACCCGAUGAUGAAGGAUCACCGUACUCGGGCAAGGAUGCUAAUUGUGGUAAUACCCUCUUGAUUUCUCUUGAAGAACUUGUAAAGGAUGGUUUGUUGUCAGAAGAUGAGCUUCCGGAACCUAUAGAUGCUGAACGUGUAAACUUCUCUGCUGCUUCAGAAUUGAAGGAUCCAUUGAUCACCAAGGCUGCAGAGAGAUUGGUUAAGAGUGACUGUGAACUUAAAAGACUCCUGGAUAAUUUUCGUAAGGACCCCAGCAUAUCAAGUUGGCUUCAAGAUGCAGCUUACUUUGCUGCCAUUGACAAUUCGAUGAACACACUGGAUUGGUAUCAAUGGCCUGAACCUUUGAAAAAUCGGCACCUUGCUGCUCUGGAAGACAUUUAUGAACGAGAAAAGGACUUCAUAGACAUAUUUAUUGCACGGCAGUUCUUAUUCCAGAGGCAGUGGAGGAAACUUCGUGCCUAUGCGCAGAAGAAGGGAAUCAGUAUAAUGGGAGACAUGCCCAUUUAUGUAGGUUAUCACAGUGCUGACGUUUGGGCCAAUAAGAAACACUUUUUACUGAACAAGAGUGGCUUUCCUCUUCUCGUGAGUGGUGUGCCACCUGAUGCCUUCAGUGAAACUGGUCAAUUGUGGGGCAGCCCUUUAUAUGACUGGACCUCAAUGGAGAAUGAUGGCUUUUCUUGGUGGGUAAAACGCAUACGACGGGCUCAAGAUCUAUAUGAUGAAUUCAGGAUAGAUCAUUUUAGAGGGUUUGCUGGUUACUGGGCUGUCUCGUCUGAGGCAAAGAUAGCAAUGAUUGGAAACUGGAAGGCAGGACCUGGAAAGUCAUUGUUUGAUGCCAUCUCUAGAGCUGUUGGUGAUAUAAAGAUAAUAGCUGAAGAUUUGGGAGUAAUCACUGAGGAUGUAGUUGAGCUCCGAAAAUCAAUUGGUGCACCUGGAAUGGCUGUGCUCCAAUUUGCUUUUGGAAGUGACGCAGAAAACCCGCAUCUGCCUCAUAACCACGAGACCAAUCAAGUUGUGUACACCGGAACUCAUGAUAAUGAUACGAUUCAAGGCUGGUGGGAUGUUCUGCAGCAAGAAGAGAAGAUGAACGUGUUGAGGUAUACUUCAAUUACUGAAGAUGAUGACAUCCCAUGGGCACUGAUCCGAACUGCACUCUCGUCAGUUGCCCGGACAACAAUCAUACCAAUGCAAGAUAUUCUUGGGCUGGGGAACUCUGCAAGGAUGAACAUUCCUGCUACCCAGUCUGGAAACUGGAGUUGGAGGAUGCCAAGUUCCACGAGUUUUGAACAGCUAGGAAAAGAAUCGAAGAGGCUGCAUGAGUUGCUUUCAUUGUACGGACGCCUGUAA